AUGCAACCCUCACGCUCUCAGCCCCGCGGGCCAGGAAGCUUCUCCCCCCUAUCCAACUCUUCCGCCCAGCCCUCGACAUCCUCACGACCUGCUGCUGGCCUGCGCCGCGUCGACGCCUCGGACGACGAGGAGGCCACCCCUCGCCCUUCCAUCACGAUACCCAAGUCCAGGCAGCCUCAGGGACAGCCCGCCUCCCCAGCGACCCCCAUAUACCAGCAGUUCGCUGCGAGCUCGAGCAGCGCGAGCCUCGGACAUCACAACUUUUCCCGACCGGCGGGGACGCGGGCCGUUACCCAGGGGUCUCCGGCGACGCUGGUCAAGGGACACUCGCGAAAGCACUCGGCUACGCAGGGCUCCUUUGAGCCAACGCUACCGUCCAUGAGCACGUCGAAUCUGUCGUCGCAUAUCGGCAUGACACACCACGGUGGUCCAUCCUCUCUCUCGGCCUCCGCGGCGGCCGCUGCAGCUGCGGCUGCCUCUGCGUCCAACGCUGGCAUGUCGGCGAGCCAGAUAGCGGCGCAGGCCGCAGUCAUGUCGCAUCAGAACCACUCGCGGCAGCGCUCGCAGACGGUCCCCUUUCCCGGCGACCCGAACGACGGGGUCCGAAGGGGCAGCGGGGGUAAAGGCCCGACGAGCCCACCGAUGCUGAGCCUGACCGAGGCCAGCGCCCCACGAGACAGCGGCUUUGGGAACCACGGGGGACACGUCGGAGGCGCUCACUCGUCUGCCGCUGCUACGGCCGCGGCCAACGUCGUGUUCCCGCGGUCGGGGCAUAGCUCCCCGCGAGGGCCGCACUCGGUGUCGCCUCAGCCGUACUCGCAGCCUCCACCUCCGCCGCCUGCGUCCGAGAAGCCACUCAAGACGGAGAAGUCAAAGGUCAAGCUGUUUUCGCGCCCUGGAAAGAUUAGCACCAAGGGCGAGACGAAGGACAAGCCGCUGCCCAGUCCUGGAAAGAUUGGUUCUGCUCUGUCUGCUCUACAGCGUGGGAACUUUAGUACGAGCAGUCUGGUCGACCCAAGCAAUCAGUCUAUCUACAACCUCAACAAUUCGUCUUCAGCUACUAUUCGGCCAAUUGAGACUCCUACUGAAGAGAAGGGAAAGGAGAAGGAGAAGAAGCACCACUUCCUCUCCCGGCAGAAACACAAGCUCAAGGAUGAGUAUCAUCUACCGCUCUCCUCGGCAGCCAGCAACUCUCUACCCACGGAUCCAAAUGCGCCCAAUCCCCUUUACAACUUCAACAUCCCCCCGAGCCCCGGACCCAACUCUUCCGGGUUCGUCAAGACCAAAAAGGACAAGAAGCUCGCCGAGCGAUCCGACAGCCGCCUGGAGAGCGAGUCGAGCUUCAACCUACAGAGCGAAUGGCCUGGGCCGAGCAGUCUGCCGUCGCAGUCGAGCAUCUACGACCCCGUGGAUCCCGGCAAGCUCGGGCUUCACCACCACAUGUCCGCCGACGACGCGUGGCCGUACCUCAAGGCCAAGCUGCUGGUCAUCUUUGAGGGCGAGGACCUACGUCUUCCCGUGGAGGACUUCAACAGGGUGGUGCAGGUGCAUAUCCAGUGGUGUAUGCAUAGACGCUCACCCAAUACCAUGCUGGAGGACCUGCGUGAUCUGCUAGCCACGGGGUUUUCGUCCCUUGACCGGACACUACGGAAUACGCCCGAGGAUCGUUUCAUCCCGACACUGGUGGAGCUCUGGAUGUUUACCUUUACGUCCAUCCUGCCGUACAUGCAGGCCGUAUUCCUCCCGCUAGACCUUGAAGUCUCGGGGUGCGGUACUCUCAUGACCGGAGAGCAGGCCCGAGACUUCUGGGGCGGUGCCCUGGCGUCAUCGGCCUCGUCGGACAAGCCUGCCCGCGUGGCUCCGGCCUCGGCGGUUCUCGACGUGAGGAGGCUGGUCCUCAUCGCUUACAGAGAUAUCGUCAUUCUACCACGCUAUGAGACGCUCAAGACCAUCUUCUCUCGGCUCUCUCUAGAGUUUCUCCCCUCGUCCCUGGCCAACAUGGCCCUGUCGUCACCCCCUCCCGAGGCCGCUCUCUCCACGUCUCCCUCCGAGUCCCUCAACUCCAUGGCCCGCCCCGGCACCGCCAUGUCCCUCGACCCCUCAGUCGCCUCGUACAAUUCCACCAGCACGACGCUCCUUGGUGAGGGCUCGGCAGGGGGGCGCAGCCGCGCCAUCAGCAACGUCAGCUUCGGUAGCCACGCCAGCGAUGGCGUCCUCCGGCCAUUUACACCCUCGGGCGGGAUGCCUCCCCCUCCGUCGCUGGGCAGCCUGCGCGAGCGGGAGCAGAAUGUUGAGGACUCUAAGCACGUGACCGACAUGGUCGGCCGGAUGCUGCAGUGCAUGAGCGUACUGUCCGGGGUGUCUGCCGGGGAUGCGGACGAUGACGGGAACGAAAAGGUCGUAGAGUUGUGCAAGAUGCUCAAGUUGAACUGGCUUGGAAGGGGACGGACGGGAAGGAACAGAAGAGGAAUUGUUGGUGGCAGGGUUAGGAGGGAGGACUUGAGAGAUGAGGUACGCGUUGCUUAG